CUACACCGAGCAAAUGGAGAAGACGGGCCGGCCCUUGUCGCCGCACGUCACAAUCUACGCCUUCCCCACGAUCGCGCUGUCCUCCAUCACAGUGCGGGCGACGGGGAUUUUGCUGACCGUCGGCUGCGUUGGCGUUGCCGGCGUGUCGGCAACCUCGGGACCCGAGGCGACCAAGGCCAAGGUGCAAGCCAUCGCCGACUCGGGCGCGGCGCCGCUUGCAAAGUUUGCAGUGUCGUGGCCCCUCGCGUACCACUUUUGCGGCGCUUGCCGCCACGCUGUCUGGGACCUCAAGGGCUACGGCUUCACUAACGCGAUGAUGCUCCAGUCCUCGUACGCCGUGAUGGGCGCCUCGCUCGCCAUCGCCUUCCUCGCGACGAGCGCCUCGCUGCCCGCCGACAAGAAGGAGUGAGCCGGACAGCGCGAAUCGCGGCCCUGCGCGGCCCCUCGAGGCGCAGAGCAGGGGCCCCCGCCCGACGCCAGGGCCGGGCGCUGAUCGCCGUUUGGUCGCCGCCGUGACGCGAGCGGUCGGCGUGGGAGCGGUCCGGGGGUGUGGGGGGAGGGGUGGGGUGGCUAAUCUGGGGGGGGGGGGGGCGAGUCAACGGAGUGUGUCGUGUGCGGACAGCAACCCGCAAUCGCCGUGAAGCGCGCCGCCGCGUGCUCCCUCACCCGAGAGGCCUCUCACAGGGGGGGUGUUUCCCGAGCGCCGAGAGGCGCGUCUUUGCGGUUUUUGUGCGUGCCUUCGUGUUUCUUGUUUUUUACUUGGC